CGUGACGCGCGGGGGCGUGGCCCGAGCCGAGGGGCGGGGAGGCGGGCAACAUGGCGCCCGGCGAGUGACUGCCCGGAUCCCUCCGGCGGCUGCCUGGACAGCGGGGCCGGGAGUCCAGCCCCCACGCUGUCCUUACCUCCCCUUCUCCGCCCCUGGGGGCCUCCUCCUUCCCUUCCUCGCCGCACCUCGGGGGACGGGCUGGGGGGGGGCGGGCCUGGUUCCUGGGACGCCAUGUCCGACUCUGAGGAGGAGAGCCAGGACCGGCAACUGAAACUCGUCGUGCUGGGGGACGGCACCUCCGGGAAGACCUCUUUAGCUACCUGUUUCGCUCAAGAAAUUUUUGGGAAACAGUACAAGCAAACUAUAGGACUGGAUUUCUUUUUGAGAAGGAUAACAUUGCCAGGAAACCUGAAUGUUACCCUUCAGAUUUGGGAUGUAGGAGGGCAGACGAUAGGAGGCAAGAUGCUGGAUAAAUACAUCUAUGGAGCCCAGGGAAUCCUGCUGGUAUAUGAUAUUACAAAUUAUCAAAGUUUUGAGAAUUUAGAAGAUUGGUAUGCUGUGGUGAAGAAAGUGAAUGAAGAGUCAGAAACUCAGCCACUGGUUGCUUUGGUAGGCAAUAAAAUUGAUUUGGAGCAUAUGCGAACAGUAAAAUCUGAAAAGCACUUGCGGUUUUGCCAGGAAAAUGGUUUUAGUAGCCACUUUGUCUCAGCCAAGACAGGAGAUUCUGUCUUCCUGUGUUUUCAAAAAGUGGCUGCCGAAAUCCUUGGAAUCAAAUUAAACAAAGCAGAAAUAGAACAGUCACAGCGUAUUGUCAGGGCAGAAAUAGUGAAGUACCCGGAAGAAGAUACCCGGCAUCUCGCCUCUGCUCAGAGUAGGAUCUGUACAGUACAGUAGCUCAGAGAGUGGUGAAGGCAGAUAUUGUAAACUACAACCAGGAACCCAUGUCAAGGACUAUUCACACGCCUAGAAGCUCUAUGUGUGCAGUUCAGUGAGCGCAUUUUUCUUCUGUGUUGAGAGUUUUGGCUGCCCUUCACCUCUGAGUGGGCCCAGGACUUCAAGGGACUUGCUUUUAUCAGUGCCCAUCUCUGUAGUUCACACUCUCCUCCCAGCUCGCUUCAUCAGCAGGCGUUGCCUCACAGCCUCAGGCAGCUCUUGGACUGCAAAGAAUUCAGCUUCAGGACCACACACUUUGAACACAAAAUGGAAAGCCCAUUCUCUGGAAUUUAGACUGUCAUUGAAAAAGGAAUGAUGUUGGUUCUCCUUACAGCUUCAUCUUCUCCCUGGUAGAAAACAUGUUUUUUAAACCAAGUGUGAGAUGUGUCCAAGUCCCGCCCGGGUCUCGUCGCAGCAUAGGU